AUGGCUACUCCACCGCCCCUCACGAUCCGCAACCUCACCUCUACCCCUCUCGAAUUGAAAGUGGUUGAACGCUACGCUGCGCCUACCAUUGAAGAACCUCCUUCCAGUGGGAUUGCCAACAUCACCCGCCCUUUCACAAACUUCAUCAGCAACACGACUACCACUCUCAGUCCCAAUAACAGUCCUCGGCCCAAAGCUUCCCGACGGCCCUCUGCGCCUCAAUUAGCAGAGACCUCGCAGUCCUUCUCCCGCGACGAGGUCUCCAUAUCGAUCCCAUCCUUCUCUACCUCCAAAACGGACCUCGAGCACGGGCCCGAGAUCCUGCGCCUUACAUUCGAAGCCGACUCGCAGCGGUACCGCGUCGACGUGCCUUCCCCGAGCAACGCCUCUUCCACUCUUGUUCCACUUACCCCUGACCCGCGACAUGCGUACACGGCCAUCUAUCUCCCGCAGGACUCGUUCCUGGCCAUCUUCUCCUCCGCCAACCUCUCCAGCUGGAUGAAAGAGCUACGCGACGAGACGCCUCUCUCCGCGCUCUCCAUCCCGGGCACCCACAACUCGCCCACCUGCCACCGCGCCCUCCCUUCUGUGCGCUGCCAAGCCGUAUCUCCGCGCAAACAGCUCGAGAACGGCGUCCGGUUCUUCGACAUUCGCGUCCAGCCCGAAAACCCCGCUGACCCGACCAAGGACGGGCUCAUCCUCGUGCACGGCGUGUUUCCCAUUUCCCUCACGGGGAACAAAUACUUCCGGGACCUGGUCAAUGUCGUCCAAGACUUCCUCAACGAGAACCCCUCCGAGACCGUCAUCCUGUCCGUCAAGCGCGAAGGCACAGGCAACGCCACAGACGAACAGCUCGGCCGGAUCCUGCGCGACCAUUACGCCGGCGACGUCCACCACUGGUUCACCGCGCCCCGGGUCCCCACGCUCGGAGAAGCCCGCAAGAAGAUCGUGCUCAUGCGCCGCUUCGUGCUCGAGGACGGGCUCAAGCACGAAUGGGACGGUGCGGGGUGGUGCAUCAAUGCCGAGUCCUGGGCAUACAAUACCCCGCACGACACGAGUCCUGGCGGCGACGUCUGCGUCCAGGACUUUUGCGAGGUCCUCGAGACGGAAAACAUCGACAAGAAGAUUGAGUAUUCCACGCAGCAGCUCGAACGGGCCGGCCAAUGCGUCUGUCAACUACCUCCUAAUGCCGGCGAAGGAGAAGUCUCGGCGCUCCAAGCUGGUGUGCCCGAGGGCGAAAAACAACCCCUCUAUAUCAAUUUCCUGUCCGCGUCUAAUUUCUGGAAAGUCGGGUGCUGGCCGGAGAAGAUCGCGGCGAAGCUGAACCCUGCCGUCAUCGACUACUUGUGCAGAAGACACAAUGAGUCUGAUGCGGAUGCGAAUGCGCAAGUGGACGGCGCAGGAGCGGGCGGUGACAAGGGCGAUGGGUCCACGGGCAUAGUCGUCUGCGACUGGGUCGGAAAUAACGACGAUUGGGACCUCGUGCGGUGUAUUGUUGGCAUGAAUGGAAAACUGGAAAUGCGAGAAAAGCAAGCGUCAUAG